UAAAACUAUUUUCCAAGUCUGCAUUUUCCUCAUGGCAGUUCGUAACAAAAAUAAAUUUCAACUUUGCUAGUGAUGGCAUCUGUGAUGUCAAACUCAUGGAUUUAAUCCCCUCUGUUCUCGAGCGAGAUCGGUGCACAGGUUGAAUUCGUAGAAGAGAUUGCAAAUUUCGAGGAGACUGAAAAACCGGAGGGUAAGAAUACAAGCCGAAUUGUCCGCUGAUGAUGAUUACAGAGGAGCAGUGAUGGAUAGCAACUAAUCCGGAUUACCAAUCCCGAUUCACACGGAUGAUCUCAAGUGAGAAUUUGAAGAUCUUGUUCAGUUCUUAGUUGGCUUGUCCGUCUCGCCGGAAAUUUUUUGGGGGGUUGCUGUCCUCCACCGACCUCGGAUAAACCAUGGCCAAAUGGUUUAAGGAUUACCUCAGUUUUGGGAGCAGGAGGUCUCCCCCGCAGCCCCCCAAGCCAGAUUACACCGAGAGUGACAUUUUAAAGGCCUAUCGGGCCCAGAAGAGUUUAGAUUUUGAGGAUCCCUACGAUGACGGGGAAGGCAAAUCCGAUCCGGAUCCCGGAGGCUCGCCGAAUAAGGGGUGCGGCUGCACUGGCAAUUUGGAAGGGAAAUAUGGGUCGCCCAAACAUCGUCUCAUCAAAGUGGAUGCCUCCGAUCUUAACCGGAGCAAGGCUCUCCUUGCCACGGCGGGCGAGGACUCAGCCAUCCCGUCAGAUCAGGCCCCCGGAGAGAGUGAAUACUCAGAUCCCUUCGACGCUCACCGCGAACCGAAAGGAGAUCCCGAAGAAGAUGCCGAGCUGGAAAACAAUGGUUACAUGGAGCCCUACAAUGCCCAGAGGGUGGUGGCUGACCUCCAGCGCAAAAACGAACGGGAGGACCAGCGCGGGAAAAAAUCCCGGAUCGGCCUGCAGCUCUACGACACCCCUUACGAGGAGAAGGAGGCCGAGGCCGACCCCGAGGCCGGGCCCACCGAGAAGCCCCCCAAGAGCCGGCUGCCCCAGGAGGACGAGCGGCCGGCCGACGAAUACGACCAGCCCUGGGAAUGGAAAAAGAACCACAUUUCGCGGGCUUUCGCUGCGCAGUUCGAAGCCCCCGAGUGGGACCGGACCUCUCCCUCCUCCUCUUCCUCAUGCUCAGCCCCAAAAGAGCACCAGCUGCAUCCACCGAAGCACCCGAUGGGCUCCGCCAAGUUUGGCCGGCCACAGAGCCCCGAGUCCAGCGUUCCCCUGGCUGAGCGCAUCGACCUGUCGCUGCCCCUGAAGAGUCAGCCGUGGUUUCAUGGCCCCAUCAGCAGAGCUGAAGCCGAGACAUUCUUGACUUUGUGCAGGGAAGGCAGCUACCUGGUUCGGAGCAGUAAGGCCAGCCGGAGUGAAUAUUCCCUCUCGCUCAGGAGCAGCCAAAGUUUUAUGCACAUGAAGUUCACCCGAACGAAGGAUAAGAGGUACAUCUUGGGUCAAAACAGCGCCCCCUUCGAGAGCAUCCCAGAGGUCAUCCAUCACUACACCACUCAAGAACUUCCCAUCCAAGGGGCUCAGCCCCUUUCUUUGCUGUAUCCCGUUGGCGGUUCAGACUGCGUAAUAUAAACCGGGUGUGGGUCACGGACUCGCUCCGGAUUCAGACAAUCGGCUCCGAUCAUCGUCCGGACCGGAAAAGGGGGUCUCGCCACUUGACUUUCAGACAAUCUCCCCCUUUUGAUGGGGGUCUUUUCCCCCUGGAAAGAGGCUUCCCUACUUCUUCUUCUCCAGUUUUCAAGCAAUAAUGGUGCCUCUUUGCUUCUAAACUACAAAUAGUUCUCGACUUAUAACGGUUCGUUUAACGACCAGUGAAAAAAGCGUCUAUUUUUCACACUUAUGACCGUUGCAGAUCCCCAGGGUCACGGGAUUCAAAAUUCAGACCGUUGGAAACAGACUCAUAUUUACGACGGUCGCAGUGUCCUCUGGGGGGGUGUCAUGUGAUAUCCUUUUGGCCAGCAAGUUGGAUUCACUUAACAACUGUGUGACUCACUUAACAAAUGUCUCGCUUAGCAACAUCAACCUUGGGCUCGAUGGUGGUCGUACAUCGAGGACUUCCUGUGUCACAGUGCUGUGACUACAGUAGUCCUCGACUUUACAACCGUUCGUUUAGUAACCGUUCGAAGUUACGGCGCCGGAAAAAGUGACGUACCGCUUUCCUCGCCCUUACGACGGUCGCAGCCUCGCCAAGGUCACGUGAUCAAAUUUGGAUUGUAUUUACGAUGGUCGUAGUGUCCCGGGAUCCCAUGACCGCCAGUUUGCAAACUUCCUAGCCGGAUUCUGACCUGCGAGGUCAAUGGGAGAAGAUGGGAUCGCUUACCGACCGCAGGAUUCACUUUACAACGGUCCUGAUUUGCUUAACAACCGGGCCCCAAAAUGUCAUAAAAUCGUACGUGGCUCGCUUAACAACCGCCUUGCUUAGCGGUGGAAAUUCUGGGCUAAAUUCUGGUCGUAAUUCGAGCCUUAUCUGUAAUUUCCUGUUCUUUGUGUAGCUCUGAAGAAACCUGGUACGGAUAGCUGGGUGUUUCUCAACCUUGGUCGCUUUAAGACAGGUGGACUUCAACUCCCAGAAUUCCCCAGCCUGGGGAAUUCUGGGAGUUGAAGUCCCACACAUCUGGUUGGAACAAUAUAGGAAAGAACUCAAACUGUGUUUGUGAGGCGCUCUGGAACAGUUUGAAAGAUCAAAUGCUGUGGUGUUGUUAUUAAUCCCCCCCCUCCCCAAGAGACCCCAGAAGUCAAGAUGGGCUCCAGGGCAGGGGUCUCCAACCUUGGCCGCUUUAAGACUUGUGGACUUCAACUCCCAGAAUUCCCCAGCCAGCCAUGCUCUACAGCAGGGGUCUCCAACCUUGGCCGCUUUAAGACUUGUGGACUUCAACUCCCAGAGUCCCUCAGCCAGCAAAGCUGGCUGAGGAACUCUGGGAGUUGUAGUCCACAAGUCUUAAAGCGGCCAAGGUUGGAUCCAGACCGUUUAGGCCUGAGCCAUCCUCUCAAUUACUGCGAUGAGAUUUCCAUUUUAUUUCUGAAUUCACCUUUGCAGCCCAACAAUUCUCUGUUUGAAUUCUGCCCUGGAGAGAGAGAGAGAAAAAAACCCACAGGUUUCUGGUUAUACAAGUACAGUAGUCCUCAACUUACAGCAAUUCAUUUAGUGACCGGUCGAAGUUACAACAGCAGUGGAAAAAUGACCAUUUUUCGCAAUUACGGCUUUUGCAGAGUCACGUAAUCAAAAUUCAGAUACUUGGCAAUUGGUUUCAUACGUACGUCCCAAGGUCAGGUGCUCCCAUUUGGCGGCCUUCUGACAAGCAAAGUCAACGGGGCAACAAGUUUCACUUAACAACCAGGUUACUCAUUCAGACACAUUGGCCAUUGACUCGUAUUUAUGACGCUUGCCAUGUAAAAUUCAGACACAUUGGCCAUUGACUCGUAUUUAUGACGCUUGCCGUGUAAAAUUCAGAUGCUUGGCCAUUGACUCGUAUUUAUGACGGUUGCAGUAUCCCCGGGGUCACGUCACCCCGUUUUUGCAACCUUCUGACAAGCCAAGCCAAUGGGAAAAACCAGAUUCACUUAACGACCGUGUUACUAACUUAACAACGGCAGCGAUUCCCUUAACAACCGGGGCAAGAAAGAUCGUAAAAAUGGAGCAAAAAUCAUUUAACAAUUGUUUCACUUAACAACGGAAAAUAUUGGGCUCCAUCUGAGGUUGUAAGUCGAGGACUCCGUGUGCAUCUCUCUAAUACUGGUGGGCAUUCAGAAUCCCCUCAGAAUUGCCUCGUUGAAUUCUCUGACAAGCUAGAAAACAGAUCUCCUGUACGGAUAGUCCUUAACUUACAACCUUCCAUUUAGCGACCAUUCAAAAUUAGAACGGCGUUGAAAAAAGUGAUCCAUGACCGCUUUUCGCAGUUACGACUUUUUGCAACCUCCCCCUGGUCAUGUGAUCAAAAUCCAGAUGCUUGGCAGUUGGUUCCUAUUUAUGACCGUUGCUGCGUCCUGGGGUCAUGUGAUCCCCAUAUGGGACCUUCUGACAAGCAAAGUCAAGGGGGAAGCCGGAUUCACUUAAUGACCUUGUUGCCAACUGAACAACCGCCGUGAUUCCCUUAACCACUGUGACAGGAAAGGUCAUAAAAUGUAGCAAGGCUCACUGAACAACUGUCUCACUUAGCAACCGAUGUUUAUGGCUCAGUUGUGGCUGUAAGUCGAGGACUACGUGUACUAUCUUUUCCCACUUGGCCUCAUGCUAAUCAAUUCUGAGGAUGGGUCGGCUACGCAAGGAAGUGUGAGAAGAUGAGAGUCUUCCUCUUCUUCACCGGCAACGUAAGUCCGAGGACCUGUGGUGCGGGGAAAAUAGGACAACGUUCUUAUCUACUGUAUAUUCGCAAUGUCUACACUGGGGCUGAAAUUGGUUGGAGGGGCCCAUUUACUUGUUCCCUUCAUUUCUUUUUCGUGAGAUCCAUUGGUCCAGGCUUUGUGGGAGGAGAAACGGACCUUGAGGAGAAAACAAGGAACAAUCCACGUUUCUCUAAUUCUCCAGAAAUGGAACAAGAAAAAAUGAGGUUCUCAUUAUAUGGUGUUUUCCCUUGCAAAAUAUAAUGGUGGUCCCAUACCACCUCUUUGUCUUCUUCCAUGAAGAAAAAGAAAAGAAAGAGAAGGAAGGAAGGAAGGAAGGAAGGAAGGAAGGAAGGAAGGAAGGAAGGAAGGAAGGAAGGAAGGAAAGAGAGAGAGGGAGAGAUAGAGAGAGAGAGAGAGAGAGAGAGAGAAAGAAAGAAAGAAAGAAAGAAAGAAAGAAAGAAAGAAAGAAAGAAAGAAAGAAAGAAAGAAAGAAAGAAAGAGAAGGAAGAAAGGAGAAGGGAAGGAAGGAGAAGAAGAAAGAAAGGAAAGGAAAGGAAGGAAGGAAAAUAAAAAAAGGGAGGAAAAAGGAAGGAAAGAAAGAGAAAGAAUGAUGAGAAAGGAAGGAAAGGAAGGAAGGAAAGAAAAAGAACAAAGGAAGAAAGGAAGGAAGGAGAAGGAGAAGAAGAAAGAAAGGAAAGGAAAGGAAGGAAAAAAGGGAGGAAAAAGGAAGGAAAGAAAGAAAAAGAAACAAUGAUGAGAAAGAAAGGAAUUAAAGAAAGAACAAAGGAAGAAAGGAGACGAGAAGGAAGGAGAAGAAGAAAGAAAGAGGGAAAGGAAAGGAAGGAAGGAAAAAGAAAAAAGGAAGGACAGAAGAAAGGAAGGAAGGAAGGAACGUAAGAAGGAAAGCAAAAAAGAUAAAAAAGAAGGAAGGAAAAGAAAGAGAGAGAAAGAAAGAAAAAGAAAGAAAGAAAGAAAGAAAGAAAGAAAGAAAGAAAGAAAGAAAGAAAGAAAGAAAGAAAGAAAGAAAGAUGCUUUGGAUCUGAUGUCCUUCUUCCACUUUUCUGUGUCUUUGUCUUGUAUUUUUUUGUGAGUGGACCGUACGUCCAGUCUGUUCUGUGGCCAAUACUUCUCUGUUUCCUUCACCAAGGUACCAGUUCCUUUCCAUUAAACACUGAGGUUCUUCUGGGUCUCUUC